GAGAGAGAGAGAGAGAGAGAGAGAGAGAGAGAGAGAGAGAGAGAGAGAGAGAGAGAGAGAGAGAAAGAAAGAGAGAGAGAGAGACUGACAGAGGGAGUGGCAAGAAGUAAGAAAGAGAGAGAGAGAGAGAGAGAGAGAGAGAGAGAGAGAGAGAGAGAGAGAGAGAGAGAGAGAGAGAGAGAGAGAGAGAGAGAGAGAGCGAGAGCGAGAGAGAGAAAGAGAAGAGAGAGAGAGAGAGAGAGAGAGAGAGAGAGAGAGAGAGAGAGAGAGAGAGAGAGAGAGAGAGAGAGAGCGGCGGCCCUCACUGGCAGUAGUCAUGAUGGACACCCUGUGGGGGACAAAAGAGGCCGCGAUAGAGGGAGAGCAAGACAGAAAGAUGGGAAUGAGGCAGAGAAAGAGAGAGAGAGAGAGAGAGAGAGAGAGAGAGAGAGAGAGAGAGAGAGAGAGAGAGAGAGAGAGAGAGAGAGAGAGGAGUGCGGAGUGAACGUGUGA